AUGUCGGAUUCGGAUGAUGAAAACUAUGUUGACAGCAGUGACACUUCGAUGAGCAGCGGGAGUUAUGAAGAUUUGGAUAUAGGGGGAAAUGUAAGUGUACAGGGCUACCAGUUUGAGCCGGAAUAUGAAGAGGGGGAGCUUGCCACUAUGGCUCAAGCUGUUGAAGAUGCAGCUGGACCCGAUGUUGAUGGCCGAAAUGAGGACGUGGAUGGGGUCGCCGAUGAGGACCGGACCACCCUCAAUGUUGAGGAGUGGUGCAAAUGCACACACUGUGAUAUUAUGGCUACACAUAUUGAGUGCAUGUGCUGCCAUGAUCAGGAUGUAGUGGCAGCCAAGUUUGAGGACCCAGACAGUGGGGACGUUUUGAUGGAAUGCAUCACAGACCACCAGGACUUCGUCCCCGUCUGCCUGAACAGGGCAGUGAUCGAAACAACCAUGGCCCGGCUACAUCACGCCUAUAUCGAGAGGAGGGAUGACAACACUCCGACAAACAAGUGCCCCAGGCAUGGGGCCUACCGUCAAAUGAUCUUUUGGGCCCAUGGGUUCCUCGGCCGGAAAGUUCGUCGUGUCAUCCCAAGUUGUGUGGUGAAGCGUAUUCGGGAGGUAUUCCCAGCUGCAGAUGGCCAAUAUGUUGGCUUUCUUGAAGCCAAUAUGGAUGACCUUGACCAGUCAGACUGA